AUGCGAUCCAUCGCCGUACUCUCCCUCGUCCUCGGUGUAGUCUCCGCUUCUCCUCUUAAGCGAUGGGCUUACUCGAAGUACUUUGAUCUACAAGGCCAUAGGGGUGGCCGGGGUGAGACUAUCGAGAAUACCCUACCUUCAUUCGCAUGGGUUUUGAUCAAUGGCGUUACCACCCUCGAAAUGGAUCUUGGUCUCACGAAAGAUGGUCAUCUGAUCGUGUGGCACGAUGAGAACAUAGAUCCUACGAAAUGUAUAGAUACGGGUGCGGUCGAGGAGGGAGACCCGAUAUAUCCUUAUGUAGGGAAAUAUAUUGCUAAUUUGACCUUGUCACAAAUCAAGACGCUUGAUUGUGGUUCUCUGAGAUUGAAGGAUUUCCCAUUACAAGAAGUAUACGCCGGAACGAAGCUAUCAACCCUUUCCGAGAUGUUCGAUUUCGUCUCUUGCGCGACGGACGAAUCAGUGCUGUUCAACAUCGAAACUAAAGUCGAUGGCGAUUAUCACAACUUGACUCGAAGUGCUGAAGAUUUCGUUAAAGCCAUUGGGGAGGUUUAUGGUCAAUAUAAUAUCUGGGAUAGGGUAACACAUCAGUCUUUCGAAUGGUUGGCUUUGGUGUUGUCGAAAGAAUUGUAUCCUCAAUUGAGGACUUCAGCUUUGUUUGAUGAUUCUACCAUCUACAAACAACUGCCCAACGGGAGUGGCGGUAAUCUCACCACACAUGGUACAGGCCCUUCGAAUUGGCUGGCCGGGCUCGAUAUAGAUACUUUCCCUGGUGAUACCAUUGCAGAAAGAGUAGUCAGGGCUGCUGCUUCGAUCAAUGCCGACUUGAUCUCACCCUCAGUCACGGCUGGCGCUUCGUUGGCUGUUGAUCCUGCUGAAGAAGGAUGGAUCGGAUUUGUGAAUAAGACAAUGGUUGAUACCGCUCAUUCAUUGGGUUUACAAGUCAAACCAUGGACCGCUAACCGAAAGAAUCUCUUCGAAUAUCUCUUUGAUAUUGGAGUAGAUGGUAUAAUCACCGACUACCCCCAUGAACUUCGACGAUUACUCGAACAUAAAGGUACCUACCCUCUGGCUCCCGUAGGAGAUGUCGAUAGGAUCAUGGGCUGUUUGGCUAAACAUAAUCAGUACACUGAGACUAAAGGUGGUGGCAAAGGUUAUUGA